AUGGACAACAAGCAAGUCCAAAGGACCUUUGAUUUUACCCGACCUUUGCAAGAUUUGCAACCGCCACCUGUCCCUGGCAUUACUAUACUUCUACGGCAACAGCAACCGAGUGUAGCCAAUCUUGCUUCAUCUCAGACCUCUCUGAGACGUCAGCAACAGGCAUUUGCUGCCUCUGCUCCACCUCCACAUCUUCCACAGCAACAGCCACCGGUUAUUACUGAACUUGAUUGUACUCAAAAUCAAGAACAAAAAUAUGAUAUUAAUCAAGGAAUGUCUGAGCUGUUUGGAUCUGCGCAAAAACUAUUCGCUUCAAAAGAAAUCAAGCAUAUAAUUAUUGAUGGCGAUAGGGACUAUCCGUUCUAA